CCAGACCCACCAGAGAGCAGGCACGGGUCAAACCUGCUGAGCCACCGUACCCCCCCAAAUACCUUGAACCGAUAGAGUAAAAAGUGCCCAGCUGGAUAAAUAAUUGUAAGUUGCUUUUGUGCAAGGCAUUAGCGAAAUGAAUUAAUGCAAAUUCAAAAGUAAAGGGAGGAGAAAGGCAGGAAAAGGCAUGGAAAAUGGGUGGGUGAGAAGAAGAGAAACCGUGAGCGAGAUGAAGGUCAGGAGAGAAGGUCGGAGCAGACGGAGGGGCAGGAGAGGAGGAGUAGCCCCGUCGGGGCGGAAGGAUUGGCUACUCUCGGCGCUGCGAAGGCGGACUUAGGGUGGGGACGGUGACUUCUUCGUAAUCUUCUAUCACACCGCUAAAUUGGGGAAUGUGUGCACAUCUGGAUGCGUCUCAAAUUCAGGAUUAUCCUCUACUCCAUAAAAAUGGCCCCAAGCUGUGCUUGGCUGCAAAUCCCCAUCUCCCGCACAGCUGUGGCUACAUGCUGUGGGUGUGCAUCUGUGUGCAUGCAGGGGGCAGUGCGUGCGUCCCUUGGUCCCUGUGCUCCCCCUGCCAGCACCCCGCCCCCACCCCAUCCCCCAGUCCACACCUCGGUCCGAACCUCAGGCGGCCUGCGGCGGGGCAAAGUUAGGACACCCUCACGUGGCGCGCCGUGCCAGAAGGCGUUCGUUUCCACCCGGUCGGACAAUUGCGCAGGAGCGCGAACGUAAAGUCUCCCGUCUUGUCGCGUGGGAGCCCGCGGCUGACGCGGUGACGGCCGGCCUUCCCCUGCGCUGCCGCCGCUUACGUAAGUGGGCGUCCGAGGAGCCUCGGCCAUUGGCUGGAAUUUCUCGGGGAAAGACAGAUUGGACGCGAGGCUCCUCCCUUCGUUUGCGACCAGACGUCGCGCCCCCUUGGACCCUCGCCGAACAGACCCGUGAAACAAAAAUGCGGGACUGCUGCAGUCCAUGGCUACAUAGGGCUCUAUAAAUAGUGAAAGUAAAAGGUACGAGGGGGUCGAAGUUCCUAUUUCACAACUGAAUUUCGCAGAAAUUCACAAGUUUCGCAACUGAAUUUCGCAGUUUUUUUUUUUUUUUUUCCCUUUUCAGUUGGAACGGUCUGAUAACCUCCUCCAAAGUAAACGCCCAAGGCUUUAACCCUUUGACCUUUUGCUCACAAAGCCAGGUCAUUAUCCGGCGGACCACCUGCUGUUGUCAGUGUCACGUAAAAUGUCCGUGAACUUAACAAAAUCGCUGUUCACUCGUCAUACACGCGGACGGCGGUGGCAGGGAUUUCUUGCGAGUCAGCGAUGCCGUUCUCUCCGAUGUUCCUCCUCCUCAUCCUCCCGGCCCUGGUGGGUUGCGGCUCCUCCCAGGACAAAGCCCUUCCGCGCGGCUGCGGCUCCUUCCUGCAGCGACCCUACACGGCGCUGUGCGACCUGGAGGUGGUGUGGGGCGUCGUGGUGGAGGCGGCGGCGGGCGGAGGCGCCCUGGCGGCGCUGCUGCUCGGCCUGGUGCUGCUGUGCCGCCUGCGGCGCGUGAGCGAGGCGGAGAAGCGCGGCGGGGUGGGGCCGCUGCUCCUGCUGCUGCUGGGCGUGGUGGGGCUCUGCGGCCUCAGCUUCGCCUACCUGAUCGAGCGCGACGAGCGCCUGUGCAUCGUGCGGCGCGCCCUCUGGGGGGUGCUCUUCGCUCUGUGCUUCUCCUGCCUGCUGGCCCAAGGCGUGCGCCUGCGGCGGCUGGCGCGAGGGGGGCGGAGCCCGAGCGGCUGUGCCCUGGCGGGGCUGGCGCUGGGGCUCACGCUGGUGCAGGGCAUCGUCGCAGCCGAGUGGCUGCUUCUCACGGUGGCGCGACAGGGUCAGCCAGCCUGCCACUUCCUGCCGCUGGACUUCGCGCUGGCCUGCAGCUACGUGCUGGUGCUCCUGCUGGUGGCGCUCGUGGCCUCGGGAUGCGCCACGUGCGGGAAGACGAGGCCGUGGAGGUGCAGCGGAGCGUGGCUCUUCGUCUCCUGCCUCGCCUCGGUCCUGCUGUGGGCCGCCUGGCUGGGCUUCUACCUCUACGGCAACGCGGCGCUGGGCCUGUCCUCGGACUGGGACGACGCGGCGCACGCCGUGACGCUGGUGGCGCAGGCCUGGCUGCUGCUGCUGCUUCACGCUUCGCCGGAGGCCCACGCCUGCCUGCGGCCGCCGCCGCAGCCCUCCGCGCCCGACUACUUCGACACCUCUCAGGCCCCGCCUCGCUUGAGGGAGGCCAGCUUCGACGAGGACAUCCCUCUCUCGCACCGGCAGUUUGUGGAGAACCAGGCCUUCUCGUUCGAUGACAGCAACGCAGGUGACGCGGCGGCGGCGCGCUCCGGGGGCCAGAGGAACGGCAGCACCGGAACCAGGCCCAGCGCCCCCUUUCGCAGCAACGUGUACCAGCCCACCGAGAUGACCAUGAUCCUGAACGGGGGUGCGGUUCCCUCCGCACCCCCCACCUACACGGGGAGACAGCUGUGGUGAGAGAGGAGGACCGGGACCGGGAGAGGAGACGACGUCCUCGUCUCCAGGAGGCCACGGGUCGAGACUUGACGGCGUUGGCGGUUUCUUUCAUUCACUUGUCUUGUUUGUUUUUUGAUGCUGGGGACACCGACGGGAACGUGUCGCACCGCGCGUGCCAUCGAGAUGCGGACCGGAGGCUGCUUCCGCCGCCGCGUGAGGUCCGGUCGUGGCGGGAAGGGUGAAGCACAGGACCGGCUGAGGAAUACCAUGGGGUGGAAGGGCAGGACUGAAAUCACAGUAGAGGACUCCUUAGAUGUAACAGCUUAAAAAAAAAUACAUUUAUAUAUAUGUAUAUAUAUAUAUAUAUAUACCACCAACUGGUAACUGGUCAGGUUUCUUAUCCAUACAUGAAGUCAGCUGGGAGAAAGGGACACUCAUUCAUUACACCACUUACCAAGCAUUCAAAGUGCUACAUGAUAGGAACCAGUAGUUUUAUUUCGCUGUGUAUCUACACACGCGAUUUAGUACGAUCUACUAAAACGUCAAUGCAACGUACGGUGGCGCGGCAAAUGCCCGAAAACAACGGAAUUCCGGAGGGGUCGGCAAAGGCCGCGUAAGGAAGCCGCCCUCGCCUUCCCUCUCGCGCACGGAGGAAGGAACCGGCCGCCGUGCGGCGUGACCGCUCUGCAAAAGCUCCGCCCCCAAACUCGUGCUCUCGGUUGCGAUGCGGUUCUGCUCGGCGGGAAGCAGAGAGCUCGCAGACAAGGUUCUCUGCAACCUCACCUUACUGAAAGGCCUUCCCGGUCAGCUCGGAUUGGCGAGGUCUUAUUAGAUCACCCUGACUUGCGUGUGUGUGUGUGUGUGUGUGUGUGUGUGUGUUACCGUACCGAUUCACGUUUAUGCGCUGAGCGUGUCUGCGUUUCCGCUCUUCCUUUUAAAACGGAAUAUCGCACCUGGCCCAAAUCACAGCCGGUUCACUUUGAAACCUUGGGUUCACGUGCUCUUUCAGAUGGAUUUUCCUGCGAGGUCCACCGUUCUCCCUCAGGACUUCCGCGUCAACGGAAACGAACCGCCUUCCGCUUCUCGGACACCCGCUCAUCCCCAGACAGGAAGACCCGUGAACAUAAGUGUUAUUUAUCUGACUGUUUGGAGACCGGGCCAGGGCAGUAUUAAUUUCACCGGAAAGGAAAAAAAAUAUAUAUAUUUUGGAUCGCAUUUGGUCAGGCAGGCAAGAGGUGAUCUUUUUUCAUCAUUUUUGUCCGUCCGUGUAAAUUCUUCCAUCCGCAUUUACCGCAGUGCAUCGCGGUCAUCGUGUUAAAUUCCUAGGACCAAUUUCUCCGUCAUCCUCGGUGCUUUUCGGCUGGCAAGAGCCAUCAGAAUGCGGUCACGUGGUCCCCCCUGGAGGGUGGAAACCUUGCCACUGAUGAGCGAGACUGCGCCGCAGUAGUGAUGGGUAGCAGUCGGUCGCGGUGGUUCUUUGUACCCGACGUGGUUAAACCACAAAACCGCAACUGAUCCCGGACCGAGGAUGCCGCACUGGAGGCGCAGCGGAGCUCUGAUGAACCAGACAGCUUGGGGGAUCAGUGAAAGUGUGCGUGGGGGGUGUAUUAGGGUCGGGCCUCAAAUCUAGGUCAGACGUCUGUUGUUUUCUACUUCUCGGGGACUAGCGGCUGCUCGCGUCGCCAUGAAAGACAGUCAUCCGGUACCUAGGGAAGUAGAGCAGGGGGUGGGGUCGGAGGGUCCAUUCUAAUUGUUCCCUUAACGAGAGCCAAUUUUUGUCAGCGGCGCCAUGGGAGCGUCGGGCUUGGGUCUCCGGUCUCGAUGAAGGGACGGUCGCCGUGGCUCUCUUGGAGCCACCCAACAGCGCUGUGAGAAAUGACGCUUGGACGAAAGAGGAGGAGGGAUUCCGCUCAGGUCACCGGCUCCGGGCUGCCCGUUGACCACGUGAGGGAGCACCGCCCCGCUGUCCUCAUUACCGAGGGACAGCUCCGUCCCCUUUUUCUCUUUAAACAAUGUCUGUGUGCCACGAGGGAGCGGCCGCUCAGCCAGGGUCCUCUUGCAGCUUUUCGGCUCGAGCGCCAGCCUAGCCGCCGUAGGCGAGGGCGAACGCUCCUCCGCUCCGGUGCAGCCGCGUCGAGCGAUGAUGGCGAAACGUUGGGUCGCGUUCGUGCGAGACUUCAAAAAGAGCGACGGCGACGAUGGGACUCAGACACCAGCCACGAUAUUACGAAAUGUAAAAUUUCACGGUUUACUUUGACGUGUGACCGCAUUGCCUCGGCCAUUAAUUGUUCCCUUGCUACUUUCUUUUUACCUUACGUUUUUUUUUUUUUUAAAGUCUAUAAAGAAUUUGAUAAACGGAUUCAAGACAUGCUUGUAUUUGAAUUAUUGAACUGUGAUUAUUUUUGGGGGAAAAAAAAAAAAAAUGUCUGGAGGAGACCCACUGUAAGAUUUUCUGUACUUUUUCCUAAACUGUUGACCUAGUCACAUGCAGUAGUUCUUCCGCUGGUCAAAACCCGUACCGUGUGUCACGUACCUUGGGAAUAUAGCUGUGUUUUUCAGACUAAGGCAUGUCGUGUGAACUCCAAACCAGGACGAUUGUUGUAUUUUGCACUUUACGAAGGACGUACGGCUCCGUACGAUCUAAGAAGCGGAAGGCCAUCCCUCGUCCUUGACCUGGCCUUGACCGGGCUUGCGUGAUCCAACCGCGGGGACGAGUUCGGGGGGACAACAGUCUGGGUUAUCGGUCCGUGACUUAUUGAUCCAGGCCCACAUCUGAGAACAGGUUGCUGGUCCGGGCCUUCUCUAGAGGAUAACAAACUAGCACGCUGGCUUUGCUCGAAGACCCCUUUGCCAAUAACCGUGUUUAUUAACCACGAUUUCAGCAUUCGUCACAGAGCGCGGAAGCCAAAAGUUGUCCGAGAAAAAAAAUAACCUCCCAAUCUGCGUACGCUUCACUUCCCCUUAGGCCUGGAAUACAAGAAUUAGCUCGUUCUAUUUAAAAUUCGAACGAUUAUUUAUGCAGUAACGUGAAGGCGUAUAUUUCCAGUAUUAAUCGACAAGGGAGAAGAUUUUUCCUUAAGGUAUGGCAAGAGAGGGGGGUGCGGUGGCACGGUGGCACGGUGGGUCUGGGGUUCGAGUCCCGCUUGGGUUGCCUUGCCACGGACUGGUGUCC